AUGGAUGAAGAUCAGGGCCCGUCCCAAAUCGCGCCGACCGAGGGCCGCCGCGGUGUCGGCGCAAAGAUCAGCAGUGCCGCCCGCACCGCCAAGCACACCCUCUUCACACGCGAUGGCCUGCUCGGCGACUACGACUAUGCAUUUCUCUUCCGGCCCAACCUGCCCUUUAUGAAGAGGUCCAAAAUGGCCUCGCCCUUCUUCGGCCUCCACGACAGAAUGCCCGUUGUGCUCGCCGUCCUGCUUGGCCUGCAGCACUCCUUGGCCAUGCUGGCUGGUGUCAUCACGCCGCCUAUCAUCAUGGCCGGUGCCGCCGGCGGCAACUUGGUCGCCGAGCAGCAGCAGUACCUCGUCUCGACCGCCCUCAUUGUGUCCGGCAUUCUGUCGCUCGUCCAAAUCACCCGCUUCAAGGUCCGCGGCACGCCCUACUACAUCGGCACCGGCUUGAUCUCGGUCGUCGGCAUCUCCUUUGCCAUCAUCCCCGUCGCCGAGGGCGCCUUCAAGCAGAUGUACGCCAACGGCUUCUGCCCGUCUGCCGAGGACGGCACCCCGUUGCCCUGCCCCGAUGGCUACGGCGCCCUCCUCGGCACGGCUGCCAUCACCGCCCUUAUCGAGAUCCUCAUUUCUUUCAUUCCCUCCAAGACCAUGCUGCGCAUCUUCCCACCCAUCGUCACCGGCCCCACCGUCAUGCUCAUCGGCAUCUCUCUGAUUCAGUCGGCCUUCCAGGGCUGGGCUGGCGGCUCGGGUCUCUGCAGCGCCGCCGACCCCAUCGACUUUUACAAGCUGUGCCCCGACAUCACCGCCCCCCACGCCUUGCCCUGGGGCAGCGCCGAGUAUAUCGGCCUCGGCUUCUCUGUCUUUGUCAGCAUCAUUCUGUGCGAGCGCUUCGGCUCGCCCAUCAUGAAGUCCACCUCGGUCGUCUGGGGCCUGCUUGUCGGCUGCAUCAUCGCCGCCGCCUGCGGCUACUUUGACCGCUCCGGCGUCGACGCGGCCCCCGUCGCCUCGUUUGUGUGGGUCCACACCUUCAAGCUGCAGCUCUACGCCCCGCUCGUCCUGCCCAUGCUCGCCGUCUACAUCAUCUGCGCCUGCGAGGCCAUUGGCGACGUGACGGCGUCGUGUGACGUCUCGCGCAUCGAGGUGUCUGGCCCCAUCUACGAGAGCCGCAUCCAGGGCGGCGUCUUGGCGGAUGGCCUGAACGGCGUGCUGGCCGCGCUCAUGACCAUUACCCCCGUCACCACGUUUGCCCAGAACAACGGCGUCAUUGCUCUGACGCGCUGCGCCAACCGCAAGGCCGGCUACUGCUGCUGCGCGUUCCUCGUCAUCAUGGGCGUCUUCUCCAAGUUUGCCGCCGCCCUCGUCGCCAUUCCCAGCUCCGUCAUUGGCGGCAUGACGACCUUUUUGUUCUGCUCCGUCGCCGUCUCCGGUAUCGCCAUCAUCACCCGCGGCGUGCCCUUCAACCGCCGCAACCGCUUCGUUCUGACCACCGGCCUGGCGCUGGGCUACGGCGCCACCCUCGUGCCCACCUGGUUCUCCAACGUCUUCACUUACUCCGGCGGCAACAAGUCGCUCACCUCCUUCCUCGACGCCAUCGUCCUCGUCCUGGAGACUGGAUUUGCCGUCACCGCCCUCGUCUGCAUGCUGCUCAACCUGAUCCUGCCCGAGGAGAUUGACGAUGUGAACGAGAGCCACAUCCCUGCGGACAUGCCCGAGCCGGAGGUCGUCAUUGCCGCCGUCCACCACCCGACCCCUUCGGCCUCGGGCCACAACAAUGCCACGACUACAAAGGGCGACGAGAAGCAGGCCUAA